AUGGGUCGCAUGCACACUCCCGGCAAGGGUAUCUCCCGCUCCGCUGCGCCCUACGUGCGCACCGCCCCCGCGUGGCUCAAGAACCUCUACGGCUCGGACGAUGUCAAGGAGCUGAUCUACAACCUUGCUCGCAAGGGCAUGACCCCCUCCAAGAUUGGUGUCGUCCUCCGUGACUCGCGUGGUAUUGCCAGCGUCAAGUCGCUGACCGGUACCAAGAUCUUGCGUAUCCUCAAGGGCCGUGGUCUCGCCCCCGAGCUGCCCGAGGACCUGUACUGCCUCAUCAAGAAGGCCGUCAGCAUGCGCAAGCACCUCGACAAGAACCGCAAGGACAAGGACUGCAAGUUCCGCCUCAUUCUUGUCGAGAGCCGUAUCCACCGUUUGGCUCGCUACUACAAGGGCGCUGGUGUCAUCCCCCCCAACUUCAAGUACCAGUCUGCCACCGCCUCUGCUCUCGUCUCAUAA